AUGUAUGUACUUGUGUUGGUAUGGGACGACUCUAGAGAGGAUUUCCUCGCGGCAGGAGCGGACAGAGCUCCCCUCGCCCCCACAGGCCCCUUGUUGAUGCUGCGGGAGCUGCCGUAUCAGCCUGUGUCAGUGCCAAGGCUGCUGUUUGGAAGUGACCCGCACGGACAGCGCAGCGCCAGUGCUGUUCAGCGCCUCUGUCCCAUCUGCAAAUCCAAGAGAAACUUUAAAUGCCCUUCAGGAUGCUCGUGCUCCAAGGAGACGAUCGUGUGCGUGGGCGCGUCACAGAUGCCGCGGACUAUACCCAGUGACAUCAACUCACUGAGCGUAGUAAACGGCUCCCUCGCUGAAAUCUCUGAGGCCAUGUUUGCCCUUAUGCCUUCUCUGCAGCUACUAUUAUUGAAUGGGAAUUCUUUAACAACAAUCAGAGAUGAUGCAUUCUCAGGACUUCCACAUCUUGAAUACUUAUUCAUUGAAGGCAACAAAAUUGAAAGCAUAACAAAAAAUGCCUUUCGUGGUCUGAGAGACCUCACACAUCUGUCACUUGCCAACAACAAAAUUAAGUCAUUGCCACGAGACCUCUUUUUUGACUUGGACUCGUUACUGGAGCUGGACCUCAGGGGAAACUCUUUCCAGUGUACUUGUGAGAAUAAGUGGUUAAUGGUGUGGCUGAAGAACACAAAUGCCACUGUACCUGACGUGAUGUGUGCAGGUCCCACUGAUAUGAAGGGCAAGCGCCUCAAUGACCUCCCUCUGGCACCAGGACACUGCAUCUCCACAGACUUUGUGCGUCAUCAGUCAAUCAACGUCCAGGCCAUGUCCGGCAACAUUUUUUCAUUCAAAGAGGACAUCUAUGUAGCCAUGGCUUCACCAAACACCAACAGCUGUACCAUCAUGGAAUGGGAUCACAUUGAGAUGAAAUUCAGAAGUUUUGACAACAUUGGAGGGAAGUCUGUUGUAGGAUGCAAGUCUGUGCUGAUUGACAACCACAUCCUUAUCAUUCUUACGCAGCUUUUUGGUGGUUCUCACAUAUACAAGUUUGAUGCUCAACAAAACAAGUUCACAAAGUUUCAAACUAUUGAGGUCUUCAACAUCUCAAAGCCAAAUGACAUUGAGGUUUUCCAGAUAGAUCAAGAGUGGUACUUUGUGAUAGUGGACAGUUCUAAAGCAGGUGUGUCCACUGUGUACAAAUGGAGUGAUGAACCUGACCGCAACGACACAGGCUUUUACACUUACCAGUUUCUCCAUGAGUGGUUCAGAGACACUGAUGCUGAGUAUGUCCAGGUGGAUGGAAAGUCUUAUCUGAUCUUAGCUAGUCGCUCGCAGUCUCCUGUCAUUUACCUGUGGAACAAAAGCACUCUGAAGUUUAUAGUUCACAGUGAGAUCCCAAGCAUGGAAGAUGUAGUUGCGGUCAAAGCCUUCAGGCUGGAGAAUGAUCUGUAUCUCGCCAUGACGUGCUACAUUGUUAGGCUUCUUCUUGUGUUUUAG